UUUUUUUUUAAUGCUUAUUUCCCAAAUCUCUCUCUCUCUCUCUCAAAAUCUGUCUCUCGCUCGACUCUCGCUUUGAUGAAGGUUUGAAGAUUUUGAUCGAUUGUUGACGAAGAUUUAAAGAUUUCAAUCUGCUGUUGAUGAAGAUUUCGAUCGAUUCAUAAACGAGAUUCAUAAUCGCUCGCUUUGAAGUUAAUCGAUACUGAGCAGUUUCGAAGAAUUAUUGAACAAUGAAGCUGGGUUGAAUUUCAACACACAACGAUCGCACUUUGAUCCAUCAAUUCAUCAUGUUCGAAGCUCACGUUCUGCAUUUGCUUCGAAGAUAUUUGGGUGAAUAUGUCCAUGGACUUUCAGCAGAGGCUCUAAGAAUCAGUGUCUGGAAAGGUGAUGUAGUUCUCAAGGACUUGAAAUUGAAGGCAGAGGCACUAAAUUCAUUAAAACUUCCUGUGACAGUCAAAGCUGGGUUUGUUGGUACCAUAACAUUAAAGGUUCCUUGGAAAAGUCUGGGCAAGGAACCUGUGAUUGUGCUUAUUGAUCGUGUUUUUGUUCUUGCUCAACCCCCUCCUGAUGGAAGGUCUCUUAAGGAGGAGGACCGGGAGAAACUUUUUGAAGCUAAACUUCAACAGAUAGAGGAAGCAGAAUCUGCAACCCUUGAAGCAAUAUCAAGAUCAAAGCUGGGAAGUCCACCUGCUGGAAAUUCUUGGCUGGGUUCAUUAAUUGGUACAAUUAUUGGAAACCUUAAGAUCUCAAUUAGCAAUGUUCAUGUCAGAUAUGAGGAUUCUGUCAGUAAUCCAGGACAUCCAUUUUCUUGUGGUGUUACUCUGGCAAAGCUUGCUGCUGUUACAAUGGAUGAGCAGGGGAAUGAAACCUUUGAUACCAGUGGUGCUUUAGAUAGAUUACGAAAGUCAUUGCAACUUGAGCGGCUUGCCAUGUACCAUGAUUCUAACUGCCUCCCAUGGAAGUUGGAUAAAAAAUGGGAAGAUCUUAGUCCGAAGGAGUGGGUUGAGAUUUUUGAGGUUGGUAUUAAUGAGUCAGCAAGUGAUAAUGAUGCAGUGUCUGUAUGGGCUCAAAAUCGCAACUAUUUGGUUUCACCAAUCAAUGGAGUCCUUAAAUAUCAUCGUUUAGGAAAUCAGGAAAGAAAUGAUCCUGGAAUUCCUUUUGAGAAGGCUUCUCUUGUCCUCACUGACGUUUCUUUGACAAUUACAGAGGCUCAAUACCAUGAUUGGAUAAGACUUUUGGAAGCUAUUUCAAGAUACAAAACUUAUGUUGAGGUUUCCCAUUUAAGACCUGUGGUUUCAGUUUCGGAAGCUCCACGUUUAUGGUGGCGUUAUGCUGCUCAAGCCACCCUGCAGCAGAAGAAAGUGUGCUAUCGAUUCUCAUGGGAUCAAAUACACCAUUUGUGUCAGCUUCGUCGACGAUACAUCCAAUUAUAUGCGGGCUCAUUGCAACAAUUAUCAAAUGUUAAUAUCUCAGAAAUUAGAGAUAUUGAGAAAGAUCUGGAUCCUAAAGUAACUCUCUUAUGGAGGUUUCUUGCACAUGCCAAGGUUGAAUCUGUAAAAUCUAAGGAAGCAGCUGAACAGCGGAUGCUUAAAAAGAAAGGCUGGUUUCCUUUUAGAUGGUAUACUCCUGGAGAUGCCUCUGUCAUGGAUGCUUCUGGGGGAUCAGAAUCUGUGCAGGAAAGAUUGACCAAAGAAGAAUGGCAGGCAGUCAAUAACCUAUUAAGCUACCAGCCAGCUGAGGACUUGACAUUACAUUUUGGAAAGGACUCGCAAAAUAUGAUACAUUUUUUAGUAAAUAUAUCUAUUGGUCAGGCUGCUGCCAGGAUAGUCAAUAUCAAUCAGACCGAGAUUGUUUGUGGUAGAUUUGAGCAACUCCUUGUAUCUACUAAAUUUAAACAUCGGAGCACCCACUGUGAUGUGACAUUGAGGUUUUACGGAUUGUCUGCUCCAGAAGGUUCACUUGUACAGAGUGUCUCAAGUGAGCAGAAGGUGAAUGCAUUAUCUGCUAAUUUUGUACGUUCACCAGUUGGGGAAAAUGUAGACUGGAGGCUUUCGGCGACAAUUUCUCCCUGUCAUGUCACGGUUUUGAUGGAAAGUUACAAUCGCUUUUUGGAAUUUGUAAAGAGGAGUAAUGCAGUUAGCCCUACUGUUGCAUUGGAAACUGCAACUGUUUUGCAGAAUAAGAUUGACAUGGUUACUCGUAGAGCUCAAGAGCAAUUCCAAAUUGUAUUAGAAGAACAAAGCAGAUUUGCUCUCGACAUCGAUCUUGAUGCUCCAAAAGUUAGAGUUCCUAUACGAACGUGUGGUUCUUCCAAAUGUGAUUGCCAUUUUCUUUUGGAUUUUGGUCAUUUCACAUUGUAUACUAAGGGAGAUCAGCUUGGCGAUCAGGGGAAACGUCUGUACUCCCGUUUCUAUAUUUCUGGAAGAGAUAUAGCUGCCUUUUUUACUGGUUGUGGUUAUGACAGUCAGAGCUGCGCUUUGGUGUCUCCUGUAUCUCCCAUGUUGAAAGAUUCUGAUAACCUCUGGUCUCUGAUUGAUAGGUGUGGUAUGGCAGUUAUUGUUGAUCAGAUCAAAGUACCUCAUCCAAGUUACCCAUCAACGCGUGUUUCUGUCCAAGUGCCGAGCCUUGGCAUACACUUUUCUCCAGCCAGAUAUUGUAGACUUAUGGAAUUGUUUAAUAUACUCUAUGGCACAACUCAAAGUAGUGGUCAGCCUGAGUUAGAAAAUUUUCAAGCUGAUUUUGUCCCUUGGAAUCCCCCAGAUCUUGCAACUGAAGCUCGAAUCCUUGUUUGGAGGGGAAUUGGUUAUUCUGUUGCUGCAUGGCAUCCCUGUUUUAUUGUGUUGACUGGAUUAUAUCUUUAUGUGUUGGAAUCAGAAAUGUCCCAGAACUAUCAGAGAUGCUCUAGCAUGGCUGGCAAGCAAGUAUAUGAAGUUCCCCCAAUGAAUGUUGGUGGUUCAGUCUCUUGUCUUGCUGUUAGUGUUAGGGGUAUGGACAUUCAGAAGGCUUUGGAAUCAUUUAGUACCCUGGUGAUAGAGUUUCAGGAUGAGGAGGAGAAAGGCACUUGGUUGAGAGGACUCAUGCAAGCCACUUAUCGAGCUUCUGCUCCUUCUUCAGUUAAUAUACUCGGAGAUUCAGGUGAUGGUCUUGCUGAAUUUUCCAAACCUCAUGCCGCUGCUUUGAAGCCAGCUGACCUUGUUAUUAAUGGUGCUUUGGUGGAAACAAAAUUAUCACUAUAUGGAAAGAUUGAUGAUGAGGUGCAAGAAAAACUCGAGGAGACUCGAAUUCUUGAGAUUCUUGCUGGAGGGGGAAAGGUGCAUGUUAUUCGGUUGGAAGGUGAUUUGACUGUCAAGAUGAAGCUACAUUCAUUGAAAAUCAAGGAUGAGCUUCAAGGAUCUUUAUCUUCAGGUCCAAAGUAUUUAGCCUGCUCUGUGCUGAAGAAUGACCCUUUAUUUGCUUCCCCUAGCACUUUAGAUCCUCUGGUGAAGGAGGUGCCCACAGUAAUCUCAGAGGAGGAUGAUAUUUUCAAGGAUGCUUUGCCCGAUUUCAUGUCUUUGCCUGAUUACUCACAAAAUUUUGAUAUGGCUUUUGCCUCAAGAUCAGGUGAUAUUAGUGAAUAUGCUGAGUUUGAUUCUGUUGGAGACAUAGUUCGUGAGAAGGAGGUGGGAAAAGGUAAAAGCACAACUGGUGAUGUUUUUUAUGAAGCAGAGGGCAGUGACAACUCAGAUUUUGUAUCUGUUACAUACUCGACAAGGAAUCCUAGUUCACCUGAUUAUGAUGGUAUAGAUGCACAGAUGAGCAUUCGCAUGUCGAAAUUGGAAUUCUUUUGCAACAGACCCACUGUUGUUGCUUUAAUUGGUUUCGGCUUCAAUCUAAGCUCUGCAACUAUUGGGACAAGUGAUACAAGCGUGACAACAAUUUCAGACGAUCAAUCUUUAGUGAACAAAGACAAGACGGAAGAAACUGGGCAUGCUUUUGUUAAAGGCUUGUUGGGAUAUGGUAAAGGUCGUAUAAUAUUCUAUUUGAACCUGGAUGUUGACAGUGUGUCUGUGUUUCUAAAUAAGGAGGAUGGUUCUCAGCUUGCAAUGUUUGUGCAAGAGAGUUUUGUCUUGGAUCUCAAGCUUCAUCCUAGUUCUAUAUCCAUUGAAGGCACAUUAGGAAAUUUCAGGCUCUGUGAUAUGUCUCUUGGAAUGGAUCACUGUUGGGGGUGGCUUUGUGAUAUACGCAAUCAGGGGGCUGAAUCUCUUAUCAAGUUUACUUUCAAUUCUUAUAGUGCUGAAGAUGACGAUUAUGAAGGAUAUGAUUACAGCUUGCAAGGCCGAGUUUCUGCAGUUCGCAUUGUCUUCCUCUAUAGGUUUGUUCAGGAGAUAACUACCUACUUUAUGGAACUUGCAACCCCGCAUACAGAAGAAGCAAUUAAACUUGUUGAUAAAGUUGGAGGCUUUGAGUGGCUGAUUAAUAAAUAUGAGAUUGAUGGAUCCUCGGCAUUGAAGCUGGACCUUUCACUCGAUACUCCAAUAAUAAUCGUACCAAGAAAUUCCAUGAGUAAAGACUUCAUGCAACUUGAUCUGGGCCAGCUGCAAGUGAGAAAUGAAUUUAGUUGGCAUGGAUGCCCAGAGAAAGAUCCUUCAGCUGUCCAUCUUGAUGUUCUUGAUGCAGAGAUUUUGGGAAUCAACAUGGCCGUAGGAAUCAAUGGUUGUAUUGGUAAGCCAAUGAUACGGGACGGACAAGGAAUUAAAGUUUAUGUACGGCGUAGUUUGAGGGAUGUCUUUCGGAAAGUUCCAACAUUUUCAUUAGGAGUGAAGGUGGGUUUACUGCAUGCUGUGAUGUCUGAUAAAGAGUAUAAUGUUAUUCUGGAUUGUUUCUAUAUGAACUUAUCUGAACAACCAAAACUUCCUCCAAGUUUUCGUGGAAGCAAGUCUGGUUCAAAAGAGACAAUGCGGUUGCUAGCUGAUAAGGUCAAUAUCAAUAGUCAAAUCUUACUCUCACAUACUGUUACAAUAAUAGCAGUGGAAGUGGACCAUGCAUUGCUAGAGUUGUGUAGUGGCGUUCAUGAGGAUUCACCUCUGGCUCAUGUUGCUCUAGAAGGUCUUUGGGUAUCAUACCGGAUGACUUCUUUAUCCGAAGCAGACCUUUAUGUGACCAUUCCUAGAUUUUAUGUUCUGGAUAUUCGCCCUGAUACCAAACCUGAAAUGCGGUUGAUGCUUGGAUCCUGUACUGAUGUUCCAAAACAAGCUUCAACUGGGAAAUUCCCUUUUUCGUUAAAUAAAGGUGGCUUUAUGAGAAUGGACUCUCAAGCUGCACCAUGCAUCGAUGUUCCAACUUCAACUAUGUUCUUAAUGGACUAUAGAUGGCGAUUGUCAUCACAAUCAUUUGUGGUCCGGAUUCAGCAGCCUCGUGUUCUUGUUGUUCCAGAUUUUCUUCUUGCUGUUGGUGAGUAUUUUGUUCCUUCCUUGGGAGCAAUAACAGGGAGGGAGGAAUUGAUGGAUCCAAAGAAUGAUCCCACACGUAGAAACAACAGCAUAGUACUCUCUGCUCCUGUUUACGAACAGAUUGAAGAUAUAAUGCACUUGUCACCAAAUAGACAGUUAGUUGCAGAUGCCUUAGGGGUUGAUGAAUAUACAUAUAAUGGUUGUGGAAAGACUAUUCACUUAAGUGAAGAACCAUAUUUGAAGGAAGUCCGUUCAUCAAAAUUUCGACCUAUCAUCAUCCUUGGACGUGGAAAGAGGUUACGAUUUGUAAAUGUGAAAAUUGAGAAUGGUUCUCUUUUGAGGAAGUAUACCUACUUGAAUAAUGAUAGCAGCUACUCGGUCUUGCUUGAAGAUGGUGUUGAAAUUUUGUUGCUGGACAACUUUUCUUCUAAUAGUGAUGAAAAGAAUCCAGAUUGUAUGGAAGAAUUAUCAUGUAGCUCAAAUACUUCCACCUAUGACAAUGAUUCAUUCAAAAUGCAAAGUUUCACUUUUGAAGCACAGGUUGUUUCUCCUGAGUUCACCUUCUAUGACAGUUCAAAAUCAUCCCUUGAUGAUUCCUCUCAUGGAGAAAAGCUUCUUCGUGCGAAAAUGGAUUUUAGUUUCAUGUAUGCAUCAAAAGAAAAUGAUACUUGGAUUCGGACACUUGUGAAGGAUUUAACUGUUGAGGCUGGUUCUGGUCUUAUUGUUCUUGAUCCAGUGGAUAUUUCAGGGGGAUAUACAUCUGUUAAUGAUAAAACUAAUGUGUCUCUGGUAUCAACUGAUAUAUACAUCCAUCUUUCUCUAAGUGUAAUUUCUCUUCUACUGAACUUGCAAACUCAGGCAGCUUUGGCGUUGCAAUUGGGAAACACCGAUCCCAUGGCUCCUUGUACCAACUUUGACCGACUAUGGGUGUCCCCAAAAGAAAAUAGUUGCCAUAACAACCUUACCUUUUGGAGACCACGAGCCCCUUCAAAUUAUGUGAUAUUGGGAGAUUGUGUAACAUCAAGGCCAAUUCCUCCUUCACAGGCAGUACUGGCUGUGAGUAAUACUUACGGACGUGUAAGAAAACCUCUUGGGUUCAAGCUUAUAGGCUUAUUCUCUGAUAUUCAAGGAUUGGAGGCAGGUGAAGGCCAAUCUGAUGUUGAUGGUGGUUGUUCUCUUUGGAUACCAGUUGCACCGCCAGGAUACUUGGCAUUGGGAUGUGUUGCACAUAAAGGGAGCCAACCGCCGCCUAAUCACAUUGUCCAUUGUAUACGUUCUGAUCUUGUAACAUUCACAACAUAUUCAGAAUGUAUUUUCAGUGCCUCCUCUAAUCGCUGCUUUACAUAUGGAUUUAGCAUAUGGCGUUCAGACAAUGUUCUAGGGUCAUUUUAUGCCCAUCCUUCAGAUGAAUAUCCCCCAAAGGACAGUUGUUAUGACCUGAAUCAUCUUCUUCUAUGGAACUCAAGUUGGCAUUCUUCAUCGACAAAAGAACCUACCUCAAAUCAAACCACUCAGCAUGAGUAUGUAAGUCAACAAUCAAGUAACCAGAGUGCAAGUUCAUCUGGAUGGGAUGUACUCCGUUCUUUUUCAAAAGCAACUAAUUGUUACAUGUCAACCCCAAACUUUGAGAGAAUUUGGUGGGACAAGGGUUGUGAUAUCCGCCGACCAGUCUCCAUAUGGCGACCUAUACCACGUCCUGGUUAUGCUAUACUCGGUGACUGCAUUACUGAAGGGUUAGAGCCACCUGCUCUGGGCAUAAUUUUUAGGGCUGAUAAUCCAGAAAUAUCUGCAAAGCCUGUACAGUUUACUAAAGUUGCUCAUAUUGUGAGGAAAGGUCUGGAUGAAGCUUUCUUUUGGUACCCAAUUGCUCCUCCUGGUUAUGCUUCUCUGGGGUGUGUAGUCUCCCGAAUAGAUGAAGCACCACUCCUGGAUUUAUUUUGCUGUCCAAGGAUGGAUCUUGUUCACCAAGCUAAUAUACUUGAAGUGCCGAUUUCAAGGUCUUUGAGUUCAAAGGGAUCUCAAUGCUGGAGCAUUUGGAAGGUUGAAAAUCAGGCUUGCACUUUCCUUGCACGCUCUGAUUUGAAAAAACCUUCAAGCCGAUUGGCAUUUACUAUUGGGGAUUCUGUGAAGCCAAAGACACGGGAGAACAUCACUUCUGAAAUGAAAAUAAGAUGCUUCUCUGUGACUGUGCUAGACAGCUUAUGCAGAAUGAUGACACCACUUUUUGAUGCCACAAUCACUAAUAUCAAGCUCGCAACUCAUGGUCGACUAGAGGCAAUGAAUGCUGUUUUGAUUUCUUCUAUAGCUGCGUCAACAUUCAAUAAACAACUAGAAGCAUGGGAGCCACUUGUGGAGCCAUUUGAUGGAAUAUUUAAGUUUGAGACAUAUGAUACUAAUCUACAACCACCAUCAAGACUAGGAAAAAGAGCACGUGUUGCUGCCACCAGUAUUCUAAAUAUAAAUCUCAGUGCAGCCAAUCUUGAUACAUUUGCAGAAACUAUGGUUUCUUGGAGAAGACAGAGAGAAGUCGAACAAAAGGCAAUGAAAUUUACUGAGGAAGCUGGUACUCUUCAUGGCCAUGGUGAUAAUUUGACUUUUGCUGCAUUGGAUGAAGAUGAUUUUCAAACAGUGAUAGUAGAAAAUAAACUCGGAUGUGAUAUUUACCUGAGGAAAGUUGAGCAAAAUUCAAACACAGUUGACUUGCUAUGUCAUGGUGAAUGUGCUUCUGUCUGGGUUCCACCUCCAAGGUAUUCCGACAGGCUAAACGUUGCAGAUGAAUCUAGGGAAGCACGAAGAUAUGUUGCUGUGCAGAUACUUGAAGCCAAGGGUUUAUCCAUUAUUGAUGAUGGAAAUAGUCACAAUUUCUUCUGUGCUUUGCGCCUGAUUGUUGAUAGUCAAGAAAUAAAUCAGCAAAAGCUUUUUCCUCAGAGUGCAAGGACCAAAUGUGUUAAGCCAUUAACUUGCAAAACCGAUCAUCUGGAUGAAGGCACCGCCAAAUGGAAUGAACUUUUUAUAUUUGAAGUUCCUCGGAAGGGGAUGGCAAAGUUGGAAGUGGAGGUGACAAACCUUGCAGCAAAAGCCGGAAAAGGUGAAGUUGUGGGUGCAUCUUCGUUUUCUGUUGGACAUGGUGCAAAUACCUUGAAGAAGGUGGCUUCAGUGAGAAUGCUACAUCAACCACCUGAUGGCCAACAUAUUGUGUCAUAUCCACUAAAGACAAAGGGUCAGCCUAACUGUGAUGACAUAAAUUCUGGUGCAUGCCUUCUAGUUUCCACAUCUUAUUUCGAAAGGAAAGCAAUUACGAAAUUUCAAAGUAGUGUGCAAAUUGGAAAUGACGUUGAUAGAGAUGUAGGUUUCUGGGCGGGGCUCGGCCCAAAGGGUGAAUGGGAAAGUUUUCGUUCAUUCCUUCCUCUGACUGUGAUCACCAAAUCACUGAAUGAUGAUUUUGUUGCUGUGGAAGUUGUAAUGAGGAAUGGAAAGAAGCAUGCAAUUUUCAGGGGUCUCGCUUCUGUUGCAAAUGAUUCAGGUGUCAAAUUAGAUGUGUCAGUCUGCCCUAUAUCUAUGAUUAAUAGUCAUGAUCUCUCUGAAGCUGGAAAGAAAAAAGUUAUGGGGCAAAGCAUAACAAGCAUGAAUGAUGUUGUCGGUACCAUAAGUCCUGGUUCUUCUUUUGUAUUACCCUGGAGAAGUAUGUCCAAGGAUUCUGACCACUGCUUACAGGUUCGCCCUUGUUUUGAUCAUCCUCAGCCCCCAUACUCAUGGGGAUAUGCAGUUGCUGUAGGUUCUGGUUAUACAUAUGGAAAGGACCAACCCUCCGUAGAUCAAGGUCUGUUUUCUAGACAAAAUACAUUAAAGCAAGGAAAUAAAAUGCCCGUCUCUUCAUUGAAGUUAAAUCAGCUUGAGAAGAAGGAUAUACUUUUGUGUUGUCCUAGUACUGGUCGUAAGCAAUUUUGGCUUAGCAUCAGCACAGAUGCCUCAGUUCUUCAGACAGAGCUUAAUGCUCCUGUCUAUGAUUGGAAAAUAUCUAUUAAUUCUCCUUUGAAAUUGGAGAACCGACUUCCAUGCCCAGCAGAAUUCACUGUAUGGGAAAAAUUGAAAGAAGGUAAUAGUGUUGAGAGACAACAUGGUAUUAUUCCAUCACGUGGGAGUGUACACAUAUAUUCUGCUGAUGUCCGGAAACCCAUAUAUCUUUCAUUGUUUGUUCAAGGCGGCUGGGUUUUGGAAAAGGAUCCUGUUCUUGUUUUAGAUCUUACAUCGACUAACCAUGCCUCAUCAUUCUGGAUGGUUCACCAGCAGAGGAAAAGGAGAUUGCGUGUGAGCAUUGAACGUGAUAUGGGAGGAACUGCUGCUGCUCCCAAAACUAUAAGGUUCUUUGUACCUUAUUGGAUCAGUAACGAAUCCUCUUUAUCUUUGGGAUAUAGAGUGGUGGAAAUUGAACCUCUGGAGAGUGUGGAUGCAGAAUCCCUUCUGCCCUCAAAAUCUUUUAAAUCUGCAAAAACAGCACUGAGAAGUCCUACAAAUUUAAUGGACAGGAGACCUGUUGGCCUGAGGAAAGAUGUUCAGGUACUAGAAGCAAUUGAGGAUACUAGUCCAACACCUAGCAUGCUUUCUCCACAAGACUACAUCGGUCGCGGUGGGGUGAUGCUGUUUUCAACACGAAAUGAUGCUUAUCUGUCACCACGGGUGGGCAUUGCAGUUGCAAUUCGAAAUUCCGAAUUUUACAGUCCUGGGAUAUCUCUGCUUGAGCUUGAAAAAAAGCAACGGGUUGUUGUCAAGGCCUUUAAUUCAGAUGGUUCUUACUAUAAGCUUUCAGCCAUGCUACAAAUGACUUCAGACAGAACAAAGGUUGUUCAUUUUCAGCCACACACUUUGUUUCUUAAUAGGGUAGGCCGCCGUCUAUCUCUGCAGCAGUGUGAUACUCAGAUGCUGGAAUGGAUUCAUCCCACUGAUCCUCCAAGACAUUUUGGAUGGCAGCCUUCCACAAAACUUGAGUUGUUGAAGGUGCGGUUGGAUGGUUACGAAUGGAGUACACCUUUUAGUGUUGAGACAGAAGGUCUGAUGUGUGUCUCCUUGAAGAAUGAAACCAAAAGUGAACAAAUACAUUUGAGGGUGGAAGUAAGAAGUGGAACAAAGUGCUCACACUACGAAGUUAUUUUCCGUCCUAACUCAUUGUCAAGUCCUUACAGGAUUGAAAAUCGUUCAUUGUUUUUGCCCGUAAGUUUUCGGCAAGUGGAUGGCACCAGUGAUUCAUGGCGAUCUCUUCUACCUAAUUCAGCUGCUUCAUUUUUAUGGGAAGAUCUUGGUAGACGAAGGUUGCUGGAACUAUUGGUGGAUGGGACUGACCCAUUGAAAUCACAGACGUACAACAUUGAUGAGAUAUCCGAUCAUCAGCCUAUCCAUGUGGCAGGAGGACCUUCUACAGCUUUACGUGUUUCCAUUCUCAAAGAAGAGAAAACUAAUGUCGUUAAGCUCAGUGAUUGGAUGCCAGAAAAUGACGCAAUUGUCAAUCAAAAUGUUCCAUCAUCUUUAUCUCAACUUUCUGGGAAUGAUUUUCAACAUCGACAGUCAAACACCUCAAAUUUUGAAUUUCAUGUUAUUAUUGAGCUUGCUGAGCUUGGAUUGUCUAUCAUCGAUCAUACACCCGAAGAGAUCUUAUAUAUGUCAGUGCAGAAUCUACUUUUAUCAUAUUCCACAGGAUUGGACUCUGGAAUCAGUAGGUUAAAAGUAAGAAUGCGUGGGAUUCAAGUAGAUAAUCAGUUGCCUUUAACCCCAAUGCCAGUUCUUUUUAGGCCACAAAGAGUUGUAGAGGAGACUGAUUAUAUCUUGAAAUUUUCCAUGACACAGCAAUCAAAUGGAUCACUGGAUUUAUGUGUCUAUCCAUAUAUUGGAUUCCAAGGACCAGAAAAUUCUGCCUUUUUGAUAAACAUUCAUGAACCAAUCAUUUGGCGCCUUCAUGGGAUGGUCCAGCAUGUAAAUCUUAAUAGGUUAUAUGAUUCUCAAUCUAAUGCUGUUUCAUUCGAUCCGAUCAUACAAAUUUGUGUCCUUAACAUCUCUGAAGUUCGUUUCAAAGUGUCAAUGACUAUGUCGCCAACUCAACGGCCUGUGGGUGUACUUGGGUUUUGGUCAUCCUUAAUGACUGCAUUGGGUAACACUGAAAAUAUGCCAGUACGGAUAAAUCAAAGAUUUCAGGAGAAUGUGUGCAUGAGGCAAACUGUUCUUAUUAGCAAUGCUAUCUUGAACAUUAAGAAGGAUCUUCUCAGUCAGCCUCUUCAAUUGCUUUCGGGUGUUGAUAUAUUGGGCAAUGCAAGCAGUGCACUUGGACAUAUGAGUAAAGGUGUUGCUGCCUUAUCAAUGGACAAGAAAUUCAUUCAAAGCCGACAGAGACAGGAAAAUAAAGGUGUAGAGGACUUUGGUGAUGUUAUCAGAGAGGGAGGAGGAGCAUUAGCAAAAGGCCUAUUCAGAGGAGUUACUGGAAUUUUGACAAAGCCUCUUGAAGGUGCAAAAGCUUCUGGUGUUGAGGGUUUUGUUCAGGGUGUUGGAAAAGGAAUAAUAGGUGCAGCUGCACAACCUGUGAGUGGGGUUCUGGAUCUUUUGUCAAAAACAACUGAAGGUGCCAAUGCUAUGAGAAUGAAGAUAGCAUCUGCUAUUACUUCAGAAGAUCAACUGCUCCGCAGGAGGCUGCCACGUGUAAUUAGUGGUGAUAGUUUGCUUCGACCAUAUGAUGAGUACAAAGCAGAAGGACAGGUAAUACUGCAACUAGCAGAAUCAGGAUCGUUUUUUGGCCAGGUUGAUCUAUUCAAAGUACGUGCAAAGUUCGCCUUAUCAGAUGCAUAUGAAGACCAUUUUUCACUCCCUAAAAGCAAAAUCCUUGUUGUCACUCAUCGAAGAAUCAUACUGUUGCAACAAACUUCCAACAUUAUUGCUCAGAAGAAGUUCAACCCAGCAAGAGAUCCCUGUUCAGUAUUGUGGGAUGUGCUGUUGGAUGACUUGGUGACAAUGGAAUUGACUCAUGGAAAGAAAGACCAACAGAAUGCACCACCUUCACGGCUUAUUAUUUAUUUACAAACUAGAUCAGCAGAGUCAAAGGAAUCAGUUCGUGUCAUAAAAUGUUACCCUGAAUCCAAUCAGGCUUUUGAGGUUUAUUCUUCAAUUGAUCAAGCAAUGAACACUUACGGGCCAAGCCAAUCAAAGGCAACACUGAAAAGAAAAGUGACAAAACCAUAUUCACCAAUUGCUGAUAUCAGCAGUGCUGAAGGAAUUCCAAAAGAAGUGGCUUUUAUGUGGCCACCCCAGCAGGAAUCGUUUUAUGUCAAAAGCUUGUUCAGUUUGCAAUUGUCAGGGUUUUUCCUACGUACUCAUGCUAGUAAAAAGGUGUACCAAAGAAGCAUCAAACAGUACCUUGAAGGGGGUUCUAUAGAGCCAUUCAACCAACUUUAAUAUAAGUAGGAUUUGUCGUCAUAUUUCUUCUUCAAGAAAAGGAAAUGAAGGUCGUAAAUGUGUGCAUAUAUAUGAUAUUUUAGCAGUUGUGCUCACAUCCAUCGCAUGUGCAAAAAUUGAUGACGGUUAUAACCAUCUUGAAUGUUGGCUUUGUUUGGAAGCAAUUUUGGAAAAUCAAAGAAGUGUGACAGAAUUUGUUUUCACACCAAACUGGAUGUGUCGCAUUAUAUAGUAGUACAGAUAUUUGUAGAUCUAGAGCUCUAGAGAGUCUGUUUUUGCUCAAUCGGUAAUUCUUGGGAACUGUACUUUUGCCCAAUCUGUAUACAUUGUAUAUGUAUGAUUUACAGACAGCAGCCCAUUUUUGGGUGUAACUUUUUUGAUCCAGGUAGAUUUAAAUCCAUAUUUGCUUGAUGGAGCUAAAAAGUGAUUACUGA